GCGUUGACUAUGCGCGGCACGAGACGCUAUGCGCGCGCAUUGUUCGGUUGUCGGUCCGUUCCGCCAGUUUACAAGAGCGUUAUUUUUUUUUCUGUAGUAAUUCCACAACACAUAUUUACUCUAGAAGUCAUUUAGUAAGAAAUUAAACGUCUGAAAUGGGUUAUGGUCAUCCACAAAUCUCAGUAGAGGCGAACCUGGGAAUGAUCAGCCUGUGCCCCAGUGGAUCUCAGUAAAUGGUUAUUGUCCUGCUGUGCACGUUACGAUGAGCUGGGCUGCGGAGGACUGGACCUCAGGGCUAUCCGGCCUGGUCCUGAAGAAAGUUCAGGAGCUUCAAGUGCAAAACGAGAAGCUGACCCGAGAGAAACAGCAGAGACAGUUCCACCUGGACAACUCUGAAGCAGCACUACACAAACAGAAGCAAAAGUAUGAGGAGGUGCGUGUGGAGCUGGGAGCGGCUCAGAGGGAGCUGGUGGGAGUGCGAGAGCAGGCGCAGGGAGAGGCACGGGUUAGGGAUCGCCUGUCCCAGGAGCUGCAGGCCAAAGUCGCACAGGUGUGCACUCUAGAGGGCCAGCUGGACUCAACAAGAACACUCGUGCAGAACCUCACGCAGGAGGUUAAACGGCUUGAGGCAGAGCUGGAAAAGCUGCAAAAAGAAAGUGUCUCAGGGGAAUCCAUGUUGUUUUCCACACCCUGCUGGAACAUGAACUCACCCUGGGACCAAAGUGGUAAGAAUAGUCUCAGAGGAGAGGACGUCAGCCAAGCCCGACAACAGCUACUGUUUGGAGAUUGCACCAAGCCCUCAGUGGGUAGUGUUUCAUCUCCGUUCCCUCAGCAAACACACAGAACGCCACCCCUCCGGCACAAAAUCAACCAAUCCGAGACUCGACCCCCUUCCUCUGUGUUUCCGUGGGAACGGGAUGCCACAAGGUCCACUCCCAGGGGCAAACCGGCAUCCACUCUCACAUCCUCCUCCUUCACUUACAGUGACGUCGUCACUGACACAGGCGCAAGAGAUGAUGGGAUUGAGGAAGCACUGAGGAAAGAGAUAGAUGGGUUGCGUGUACGCGUCUCUGGAUUUCAGCAGGAGCUGCAACUGGAAAAAGAGCGCUGCAGGGAGUCCGAGUCUCGUCUUGCUCAAGCUCAGAAAGAGCUCAACUUGAACGAGCAGAAUCUGACGCGCUCCAGAGACGAGUUGGCCCGUGCACGCACACGCAUCACGCAGGAGGAGGACAAGGUUCAGGCAGCCGAACAGCGGGUGAAGCAGCUACAGGAGGAGCUGAAGUGUCAGAGGCAGAACGCAGAGACCAGCCGCUGCAAUGCGGAGCAACGCAGGAAAGACAUGGAGAGAGAGCACCAGAGAGAGUUGUUGGAGCUGCAGAGAGAGAGGCAGUCUAUGGAGAAGCAGCACCAACAGGAGACUAACAGACUCAACCAAGAGAUCCAGCAAGCCAGGACAGAACACAAUACACUACAGUCACAAUACGAUAAACUGGCUCUGCAGAAGCAGGCUGUAGAGAGGGACCUGGAGGGAGUGCAGGGCAAGCUGAAGAACACACAAAGUGAUCUAACAGAGAGCCAAAAGCAAGAGGCUCUCACACAGGCAAAACUCACGGAGUCACUGAAGGAAAACGAGGGAUUGAGCGUGUCACUGGAACAGUUGAAGAAGAGAGAGAAAAGCCUGGAGGCAGAGGUGAAAAGACUUACUGAGGAGUUAGCUGAAGCACUGAAACUCAUUAAAGAGUUGCAGGCCCAACUUGCAGCUCCUCCUCCACAAGUGGUCUCCCAUCCUGUUGCUGGUGACAAUUUCAGUCCUGUUCUGUCCACUUAUCCCAGUUACUCUCCACCUCGACAGCACUCAUCCCAGAGAAAGAGAACGCUAAAAAAUGAGAGACCAAAAAUAUCGGAUAGGCCAGGGCCUUUAGCCUGUCCUUCUGAGAGAGAACCUGGUGAGGGGAUUGACUCUGAGCACAUCAGCGAGUUUGGCUCUGAGGACUCACCCCCAUUGAGCAUCAGUAUACAAGAAGGGAAUCUGUGUGGAGCACAACGGUCUAGUGAGGCAGAGAUGGAGAGCUCCAUUACUGAACAAGACACAGGGAUAGAAGAUACAGACACCGACUCGUGCAUGUCUGAUUCAAUCAAUGAGCGCAUCUUUAAAGAUGAUAUCCACUGUGACUCAGGAAACCAAAAGUCGAGCUCUUUAAAUCAGGGACAGAAACGGGACUCAUCUUAUAUUGUUGAAUUAAAGAAAGAGAAUUCAGCUCUCCGGGAUGAGCUCAGGGACAUUAAACGGGAGUUAGAUCAGCGUCUGGAUGACCUUGAGACUCAAAGGCAGGCAGAAGCUGAGGCCAGGACCAAACUGAAGCAACUAAGCAAAAAGCACUCAAGCCAGGCCGAGCAGCAUCGCACAAAAGCCCAGGAGCUUAAAGAGAAAGGAAGCAAACUGGAGGCACAGCUGGAACAAGAGAGGAAGGAGAGUGCAAGAUUAAGGGAAGUGGUAACUACUUUGGAGAAGGAGGCUGAAAAAAGACAGGAGGAAGGUGAGAGAAAAGAGGAAGAAACCAAAGAGGAGACCAUCAAACUUAAAGAAGCCUUGGCUCAGAUGGAAAGAAAGGAGGAACUUCUUGAAAAAGAGGGGGAGAAAAUGCGCAAGGAACUAGAGGUGCUUCAGUCUGAGCUUUUUCAGGAACGUGAGGAGAGAGAAAGGGAGCUAGAGGAGGAGAAGAAACUACGCAAAACCUACGAAGUGGAAGGAGUAAAGAUUGCAGAACUUCAAGCAGAGUUGGACUGGCUACAAAGUUCUUCCACAGUGGAGGACAAAAAUGUAAACACCAGCAUGCCUUUAACCUAUCUGCAGCUUGGAAACCAACCAAACACCACAAACGAUGUUACAGCAUUAGAAAAUGAGGUUUUCUUCUGUGAGUCGGUGAACCUUCCGAGUACCAUGUUCUCCAAGGAACCAAAAAAAGCCCUGAUUACAGAAUGUGGAACUGGGAUAAAAGCUGGGGAGCACUCUCCAUUAGAACAGGACACUACUUCAACUGGAAAUCUGGAGGAUCAUACAAAGAGCACAAAAGGCGUAAACUUGGAUGACACUACCGUUUUGGUACUGGAGGUGGAACGUAUGCGAGUACAGAGAGAUAGGGAAGCAGAAAGGGCGAAAAAGUCACAGAAAAUGUUGGAGGCUCUUCAGAACCAGGUGACGAGUCAGACCCAGCAGCUAACUCUAGCAUUUGAAAAUCAGAGCAAGCACAUUGAAGACCUUUUAAGGGAACUACAGCAAAGAGACAGUGCCCUCCAGAGGCAAGGAGAGGAACUACAGAGCUGUCUAAAAGAGCUUGCCUCACUCAAGGUGGAUAAAGAGAGAGUUACCAGCAUGACCUCAAGCUCUAAGAAGUCUGCUGAAGUUUCUGCAGAGCCAUCUUGUGAUUUUGCGAUUAACACUACUACUUCAAAUACCCAUGAAGAGUCUGAACAAGAAUCUUAUAACACUGUGAAAAAUAAACCACUACAGUCUGAUCACCAGUCCUUUAAAAAUUUAGAAGUUGGAGAGGAUCCGCCUGGCAAUGUCUCUGCUGCUUCAGAUAAGACAAAUAUGGGUCAGGUGACCUUAGCCACCAAGGAACAUGUAACAUUAACAUCCUCAGAUGUUUAUGGAAAAGAUUCUGACCACUAUAAUGACAACACUACUGCAGAGGAGCUACCAGAACUACUGACUACUGCUCAGCAAGACAAUCGUCAUGCGAUUGAGACUAAUGCAGAGAAUGCACAGAGCGCUGUUGUAUCUAGUUUCACAGAGACAAAAGAACUACCAGAAACUUUACAAAAGCUUCUGGAACAUUCCACAGUUAACACAACCACCAUAAAGAUGGUAAUAAACAGAUUGCAUGAAGAACAGAAUGAGCUGUCUUCGUUAAAGGCCAAACAUGACCAACUGACUUUGCAGCUGCAGGAAGUGUCAAGGCAGGAUUUCCUGUCCCUCAAGCAAGAGCUUGAACAGCUGAAAUUAAAAUUGAAGCAAAUCGAUAAUGAACCAGGUUUAUCGGAAAUAGAUUUAAAACAAGACAAGUCUAAUCGUUUGACAAACGCAGAAGAAGAGAGUGUGUCAGUCGCAGAUGUGGAGGAGAAGGUUGUAAUUGGUGGGAGUUUUGAAGACAACUGGAAAAAAUGUGAAGAUGAACAUGAGGAGAAUGAAAAUGAGACCUGCACCUCAGCACGGAUUCACUCUCUUCAUGAACAGCUGCAAGCCCUGCGGUGUGAGCUUCAGCUCCUUUCUGAGAAGAACAGACACCAAGCUGAAGAGCUCCAGCUUUGGAGACUGUCUGCCAUGACCCCUGAGGAGACACUGGAUCAGGAAUGCAACCGCAGCCCUAUAGUUGUAAUGCGAGAGGAACGACUAGUCCUCUCAUGCAGCCCCACUAUGCUACACUCCCAGAACAUACAGAGCAGAAGCAUGGUGCAGUUUGGAGGUCUUUCCCAGCCCAUAGGUUAUUGUGAACCUCUUACUACAGACCACCAAAGAGCUUAUCAGACCUCAUCAGGAAAGAGCACAGAGGACUUGCCAUUAAUUCUUCAGGCAAUGGAACUGAUUGCUGAUGACAAUAGUGCGAUAAAUGACGUAAAUGAUCACCUAAAAAUGGAGCUCGAACCCCCGAAUGGCAAGAGUGCAUCUGCGGACUUGUCCUCCGAAAUGGAAAACUCUGAUCACAGGCAUGAUUUUGCUCAUCAGAUCAAACAAACAGGACUGAGCGAGGAUCAGCAACCUGGACACCAGCCUUGUGAAAUCGCUUUCCGACCAGAAAGCAGAGAGGAUGGUUUAACAGAAAAGGGAAUAAAGACCAAACUAAUAGGUCCCAAGCUCCAUACGGAAUCAGCAGAGGGGAAAGGUUCUGAUGUGUCUAGUCUGAGGCAUGAUGAGGUAGUGACUGCCACACAAAGUGAUCAGUCUCAUAGAAACAGGACAAAGCAAAAAAACGAACACUCUCCAGUUCUGGACAGUCAGACUUCUAUCUCUGUCCAAAAAGAGGAUAAUGCUGUAGACCAGCAACAAAUAUCAGAGAUCACUGGGUUCACCAGUAGUAUAGACAAAGCAGGUACUAAAGAAGUGAAGAGUGUGUGCACUCAGACAGAAGAGUAUAACAGAGAGGAAGUUGAGGACUUUGGAAGCCCCAAGCAGAGACCAGUUGUCCUCCAUACCAGCACCCAGACCCAUGAUGAACAGGCUAUGCAGAGUGAGGAGGAGAAACAGAAUGAUGAGUACACUGAAUCGCCUCCGCUCUCUUCUGCCCCUGCAGCUGAGACCAAAAAGCUAAUAUUUUCCGGCUCGUUCCCGAUCCCAGCCGAUCCAGUUCACCUUGCCGAGCGAAUUAGGCGCAGCCGUAGUCGCAUGUCUGCAGCAUAUGAUGACACGGAGUAUGAACCCUACGGCCUGCCUGAGGUCGUAAUGAAAGGUUUUGCUGAUAUUCCCAGUGGUCCUGCUUGUCCAUAUGUUUUGCGCAGGGGGCUUCUGGGAACAGAUGCUUUACCCAUCUCCCUCAGAGAGCCGCCACUCACAGAGGCUGAGGAGGAAAUUGACCCAUAGCAAUCUCAAACAGUGUGUUCCAGGGAAGAUUUAAAGCUGCCUGUUUCAUCCUGAAUAUAAGUGGUCUCUACUCUUUAAAUGGAACUCUCGUACUCAUUUUUGCCAAUUUCAGCCUUCUGGAGCACAAUCGUGUUCUCUCAGAUUGUGUUGCAUCAUUCUCACUAUCUGAAAAAUUCCUUUGGAGCAGAUAUGUUUACAUUGUUUUGUGAUGCAUGCUAACUUUCAUUUUGAAACACACAAACUUUUUGAACAUCUUUGUUCAUAUUUUUAUUUCUUUUUUUGCACUGCCCUAGAUUAUUGAUUGUUGUGAAUGUGGUACGUUAAAGGCCUGAGGAACGUGUGUGUGUGUGUGUGGGGGCAAACGUAUGACUCAGACCAACCUGAGCCUGUUUCCGCUCCAUGUAUGGUGAUCUGUGAAGUGUGCGCACACACACACACACACACACACACACACACACACACACUGUGCAGUGCUUGGUUUAUCUUAGUUCAGCUAGACAUUUGUACAAGUCCUUUCGUAUAAGAAAGGUUUAGAAUUGUAAUUUUUAAAAAUGAAAUUAAUAUAUUUAAAUGAUAUUUGUUUUAGGUUUUGUAAGAUAAAUUUUUGUUUUAUAUGCUACGUGAACAAAGAGCAUUUGUAAUGCUGAGUGCUUGUAUUGAUAAAGUAGUUUAGUUUACUUGGGACAUUUUGAAGGAGAUGACUUACUAAUGUGUACACUUUGUUUGAAGGACUUGUUACUUGUUUUGAGUUGGAGUUUCUCCCCCACCAGUGAUUUGAGUUUUUGGUCUAUUAAAGUUUAAAAUAUGGCCUUAAAA